UCUUAUCGCGACUGAGUCAUAAUCACCAUGGUAGACUUAGACAAGCUCAUUAGACCCAAUAUCUUGACGUUGGAACCCUACAGAUGUGCAAGAGAUGACUACAAGGUCGGAGUACUCCUUGAUGCCAACGAAAACACCCACGGCCCCGCGUUGACAGAGGUGUCGGAGCUUGAAGAUUCACUUGAGCUCAAUCGGUACCCAGAUCCUCACCAACACGAAUUGAAGAAGAACAUCGUGGACUUCCGAAACUCUCAGCCCAACGUCCACUUGAACCAGUCCUCGCCGAGGUUGGGGGUGGAAAAUCUCUGUCUCGGAGUCGGUUCUGAUGAGAGUAUCGAUAUGCUCUUGCGAUGCGUUUGCACUCCAGGACAAGAUAAGUUACUCACAUGUCCACCAACUUAUGGAAUGUAUUCCAUUUGUGCAGUGAUGAACGAUGUGCCAGUGGUCAAGGUUCCCCUAACUUUCCCGGAGUUCCAGCUCGAUGUCGAUGCAGUGGCGAGGACAGUGGAGUCUGAUCCACAAAUCAAGUUGGUAUACUUGACGUCUCCAGGAAAUCCUACAGGAAAGUUGAUUAAAGUCGAUUUGGUUCUUGACCUUUUACGCCGUUUGGCCAACCAGAACGCCUUGGUGAUUGUGGAUGAGGCCUAUGUCGACUUCACGCUUGGUGAAGACGACGAACACAGCCAGUCGAUGUCUACGUUGGUCAACCAAUACGACAAUUUGGUGGUGUUCCAGACGUUAUCGAAAUCGUUCGGUUUAGCAGGUAUUCGGUUGGGAAUCACCUACUGUUCCAAACAAUUGUCAUACUUCUUGAACGCAAUGAAGUAUCCCUAUAACAUCUCGAGUUUGACGUCGUCGGUUGCGCUUAGAGCCACAAGCACGGGCUUAAAGGUUAUGCGCAAGUAUGUUGAUAAAAUCAAGAAGGAAAGAGCACAGUUAAUUGAAAACUUGCUGAACAUCGAGGGAGUAGGUAGAAAUAUUGGAGGGUUAGACUCCAACUUCUUUUUGCUUGAGAUCCUCGACAAGAAUGGUGUGCCCUCCAAUGAAUUAGCUCAUGAGUUAUACACGAAGCUCGCUUCUAUUGAUCAAGUGGUGGUGAGAUUCCGAGGAAAAGAGUUGAACUGUACAGGAGCGUUGCGGAUUUCGGUGGGUACUGCUGCCGAAAACACCGUGUUGGUUAGUAAGUUUGCUUCUGCCCUUAAAGAGUUGCGGUAACAAAUGCAGUAGUAUUUAAUAUAUAUAGACUUAAGCUUAAACCUCACUUUUCGCGACC